GCUGCGUCCACCGUGGUCGGGGCCAAGGUCGUCGGGGAGAAGAGAGAGGGGGAGAGCAAGCAGGACGGUAAGAAGGGAGCAGUCGCCGUCCCGGACGCCAAGGGGAAGGGGACGGCGACCGAGGAGGCUGCCGGGCCGAAGAAAGACGAUGGCGUCAGCGAUAAGGAGGUUGUCGCCGAUCGGGACGACGGUGUGGCAUCGACGAGCGAGAGCAUCAUCGUCGUCGAGGAGAUGAGGAAUGGCCAGCCUGUCGAGGUGUCGAUCGCGCCUACCGUCGAGGCGGGAAGAGACCGUCGGCGGGGCGAGGACGAGGAAGGGUGGUCGGCCGAGGCGAAUGAAGACGAGGCGGCGUCGUCCAACGAGAAGGACAUCGAGGAGAUCAACGUGGAGGAUGACGGUAGUGUCGCCAUCGCGGAUGCCUCCGUGGGCGUAGUCACCAAGGAGGAUGACAGUAUCAUCUCGGCCGAUGCUCCGGCGAUAGAGAAGGACCAGAUCGACACGUUCGUGCCUGCUCCGGCAGCCAAGGCCAACGAGGAUGCCGGUGCCACCUUCCUGGCUGCCCCGGUGGCCGGUGAUGAUGGCAGUGCCUCCUUCGUUGCUGCGCCGGCGGCCAAGGAGGACGAACUUGUAUCCAUCUCGUCUGCUCCGUUGGCGGGGGAGAUUGAGGGUAUCACCAUGGCGGCUGCUCCGGUCGCUGACGAGGUUGAUGUUGCCACCUUCCCGGCCGCUCCGGUGGCCAAGGAGCAGGAAAGUGAAACUGCCGCCUUGGUGGAUGCUCCGGUCGCCGAGGAGGUUGGCGUUGCCUCCUUCGCGGCCGCACCGGUGAGCAAGGAGCAGCAAAGUGAAACUGCAGCCCUGGUGGAUGCUCCGGUCGCCGAGGAGGUUGACGUUGCCUCCUUCCCGGCCGCUCCGGUGACCAAGGAGCAGGAAAGUGUAACGGCCGCCUUGGUGGAUGCUACGGUCGCCAAGGAUGAGCAAAGUGUAACUACCGCCUUGGUGGAUGCCCCGGUGGCCAAGGCAGAUGGAAGUGCAACCACCGUCGAGGCUGUGCCGGUGGUCACGCGGGAGAAGCAAGAAGAUGCCGUCACCGUAGACGCCCCUGUCCCGACGACGGCCAACGAGGACGAAACUGCCACCGGGGCGGCUGCUCCUGCAACUAACGUGGACGAAAGCGCCGCAUUCCCGACCAAGCCGGUGCCGGAGGUGGAGGUGACAGAGGCGGCAGAGCAACCCGCGCCUUCCUUGAACAACGACGAUCUGAGAAACGAGCCAGAGCUGCCGGAGCCUACUGCCGUCAAAGAGGCCGCAGUCGAAGCCAAUGGUGAGACCGAGCUAACUAUGAAGGCCACGGCGACGGAGGAGGAGGUGGUCACUGUCGAGGAGGCCGAUGUCGUUCCGCAAAAGGCCGAGAGCGUCUCCCGGGAGCCAGAACAGGAGGAGACAUCCGCGGCCACUUUGAGAGACGAUGAUGGGGAAUCGGACGGAAAAAAAGCCAGUGAUGUGAAGGAGGCCGCAAUAAGCACGGAGGAAAAGGGAGCGGAGGAUAAGCUGACCGUCGAGGAAGAGAAGAAGGCCGGCGAAGAACAAGAACCAGCCGUCGCUCCGGUCGAGUCAUCGUCUAGUUGAAAUUGAGAUGUGAGCCAACUCGGAUGUAUUGUGCGUGUAUGAACCACUGAAUGUACAGUUUGCUCUCUUCCUUUUUUUUCAGCCAAAAGGAUCCUUCCCCAAUGUAAAAAGCUUUGCGUAUCGACGCAUUGGUAGAAACAAAUUAUGUACACGCGGGAAUGUUUGGCUAGAUCUACAUCCAACAACAAUUAAGCUAGGUACCAUCA